AUGGAGGACCCAAGAGAUGGACACGCUGAGUCCGAGAGGCUCUCCGUGGUGGCAGGCUCCUUUAACGUUGCUUUCCCUGAUGCUGCCGAGAAAAUGCGGAAGGUCAUUAUGAAGCUUAAAGGAGCCCAGGCCUGCGUCCCUCCCUGCGGGUUCCAGGAUGUCGCCCGGCGUUUCCUCUGCUACGGGUGCUACUCCAAGGCCUGCAACUUCCCGCUGGACUGCCCAGUUCAGGACUUGACGGUGACUCGGGGUCAGCAGGCUAAGUUCUCCUGCACUGUGAACUUCCAACUGCCUAAGGAGGAAAUCACCUAUUCCUGGAAGUUCGCAGGAGGAGGUCUCCGGACGCAGGACCAGUCCUACUUCCGAGACAUCCCGCGGGCCCAAGGAUACCUGGCGCGGAUCCGGCCGGUGCAGCCCACGCACAACGGGACCUUCUCUUGCUCCAUCCUGCACGACCAGCGCCCAGUGGCGCGGCUCUACUUUUUUCUUAACGUGACCAGUGCGCCCCCGCGUGGGGAGAUCGAGCUCCAGGUCUCCUUUCGGAAAGUGCUGCGCUGGGCGCCGAAGGAGACGGAGACGUUGGAACCAUGGAGGCCAAGCCUGGGCGAGCUGCUGGCCAGGCCCGAGGCUCUGACGCCGGGCAACCAGUGCCUGCUCGCGACCCUCGCAGCCGUAGCAUCAGCCAGUGCGACCCUUAUGGUGUGGGUAUUUUUUCGAUGGUACUUCAAGGGCAACUAA